CUCUGCCUAAGGAGCUCGUUACACUACAUCAUAUCGAAUGAGUAUGCCUUGCCGCACAAUAGACAUCCUCUUCUUGGUGAUAGUCGUCCGCUAUAUCCUCACAUUCCUACGGCGGACUCAAGAUGCGCGAGAGGCCGCCACUUCACAUUCAAAUCAUGAGAAGCUAGCCGACAUCGAAGGUGCUUCUUGGCCUCAACUAUCUGUAUUCGAGCAUAUCGAGCGAGGCCUGUUGCGCAAUCCCAAUGAUCCAGCUGUCGUUUGUUUGAUGGAACAGUCUAUUGGUCUGCAAAGGCUUGUCGCGGCAUGCACACCCGGAGGACAGGACGUUGGCACAGACAGAAAUUCGAGUACCAAUGCAACACCCAGACUCUGGUGUAAAGAUCGACCUCAGACGUAUACGCUUGUGCAAGCAGAGGAUACGCCUCCCCGAAGCCCAACUCAAGAAGACAAGGCCAAUACUAUGACGCUCACCUACACACAACUCCAUGGCAUGGCUUUGAAACUUGCAACUGGUCUCAUCACAGUUGGUGUUCGACCAGACACUCGAAUGAUUAUGGCCAUCCCCAACGGCGCCGAGUACGCUAUCUUAUUGUGGGCAUGCGCCAUUUUACGCCUCACAUACGUGAGCCUGGAUGAAGAUUCAUUAAACAUAUCUGGUUUUACAGCAUUGAAACGAACCCUGGAGGCUGUACGGCCCCAGAUUAUUGUUGCAUCCAAUUCACUGAAAGGGAGGGCUAUCGAAGUAGCCAUGGCGGAAUUGGAACUGCCAUCCCCUAUAAAACUCAGUCUCUCGGAAUCCAAAGCCACCGAAUGGCAUUCUUUCGAAGAUAUUUUUACUCGUGCGAACGAAAACAAUGCAAUCGAUGAGCUCAAGCUUCUCGCGGAAGCACGCCAAGAUAAACCUACGCGCAUCAAUUCUAUCAUGUUCACAUCAGGCACAUCGGGAAUUCCCAAAGGGUGCCCGCAGUCCGUGUCGGCCAUCUCGCAUGCACUGCAUUCUCAGGAAUGGCUCAUUGACGCCGAAUCUGGGGCUUCUCAAUAUGCUCUUAUGCAGCCGCAUAACUCGAGGGGCAUUGCACCUGCGCAAACAUUGCAAACUUGGAGGGCAGGAGGUGCCCUUGUUUUGACAGGCCAAAGUUUCUCAGUACGAGAUGCAAUACAUGCUAUCGAACAUGUCGGUGUCACAUUCCUAGUGCUAACUCCACCAAUGGUACACGAAUUCGCCAUAGAAUUAGCCACUAGACCCAUCGACGUAUCGUGCGUAAAAAGAAUCCAAAUUGGUGGUGAUGCAGUUACGAAAGAGGUGCUGACCAAAUGCGCCAAUUUGUUCCCAACGGCUCAAACGUGUGUGAAUCAAGGUAUGACGGAGGGUCCAGGUGUGUUCUCCUGGCCAUUCCUCGGGAAGCCGACUGCGCGCAUUCCUUUCCUAGGCGGCCAGAUCUGUCCUGUUGGAGUUGUGGCUCCUGGAGCUAGGAUCCGGCUUUGCUCUGUUUCUAAAUCAAAUUCUGUGGUCAAGAGGGGCGAACUUGGCGAGCUGCACAUAUCGUGUCCUUCCGUCGUAAACCAUUAUCUUCGAGGUCACUCAGAGACGUCAUUCAUUGACGACGGAAAGCGGCGAUGGUUCAAUACUGGAGACAUGGCCACAAUGAAUGACGAAGGGUUGGUUUCUAUUGUUGGAAGACGAAAAGACAUGAUUGAGCGCGCUGGUACCAUAGUGGCGCCUGCCGUUAUCGAAAGUUGUCUCGCUGCAUUUCUGUCUUGCCAGGUGGUAGUGGUAGCAGUUGCGCACCCAGUGCUUGGAGCUGAGCCGUUCGCUGUGGUGAGCAGAUUUUCAACUGCAAGCGCAAAACAGAUAAAAGACCACACUCGAUCUAUUUUGGGUCGAGACUACGCACUUGGGGGAGUGGCUAGUCUACAGGAAUUGGGGCUCUUGGAAUUUCCGGUCAACGCGACACAUAAAAUUAUCAAGCCGGUAGUACAGCAGGCAGUAGUACGGCAUUUGAAAAAGCUCCUCGGAAAAGCGACAGUCUAA